CCCCAAUUAUUGAAGAACCAACGACUCCCCUAACCAAAAAGCAAAACAACAUCUCUGGCAAAAUAGUUUGAAUUUCUUCUACUCAUGGAUUACUCCAGCAGCAGAAAACAGCUUCAUAUAGCAAUGUUCCCAUGGCUAGCUUACGGUCACAUCGCCCCAUAUCUCCAAGUUGCCAAGUUCUUAGCUCAAAAGAAUCACCAUCUCUACUAUGUCUCCACCCCUAAAAACAUUAGCCGCCUCCCUCAGCUUCCCCCAACUCUCUGCUCCAAUAUUACCUUUAUACCUCUUUCUUUGCCUCAUGUUGAUGGCCUGCCACCUGGAGUUGAGUCCACCUCCGAGUUGCCCAUUCACAAAGUUCCUUACCUCAAAAAAUCAUUUGAUAAACUUGAAACACAGUUGACUGAGUUCCUUGAAAGGUCGCCGCAAAUUAAAUUGAUUAUUCACGAUUUUGCUCCGCAUUGGUUACCGCCUACGGCGAAUCAACUCGGCAUCAACCUAGUUUACUUCAGCAUAUUAAAUGCUUCAUCGAACGCUUUCUUAGGCUCUCCAUCAGAAAUUCUCGGUGGAAGUAGAAAAUCACCUGAAGAUUUCACGGUGGUCCCGACGUGGAUGGAUUAUCCUAAUAACAUAGCUUUUAAGCUCCAUGAAACGGUGAGUCACAAAGAGUGCGAGGAUAUUGUAUCCGAUUUUGAACGUUGUGCGACAGUGCUUUUAAAUUGCAAAAUUCUGACCUUGAGAACUUGCUAUGAAUUCGAACCUGAGGCACUACGUGUGCUUAGUAAGAUUCACCAGAAACCAAUAAUUGUUCCACUUGGCUUGUUGCCGCCACCACUAACGAGCGUAGAUGAUAAAGGAGACGAAAAUUGGGAAGCGUUGAAGAAAUGGCUUGAUAGUAAGCAAGAGAAGUCAGUUUUUUACGUUGCACUCGGUAGUGAGGUGAGUCUAAGUCAAGAGUCCAUGCACGAGUUGGCAUUUGGGAUAGAGAAGUCUGGGUUACCAUUUAUUUGGGUUGUGAGGAAACCCCCUUUAGUUGAAGAACAGUUUGCAGAGGACAUGAUCCCUCCCGAGUUUGAAGAACGAGUUUCAAAACAGGGUAUGGUUUUACGAGGCUGGGCACCUCAACUUAGGAUCUUGGCUCACUCAUCAGUUGGUGGUUUCUUGACUCACUGCGGGUGGAGUUCCGUAAUUGAGUCUCUUGGAUUAGGUAAACCUCUGAUAUUGUUUCCCGGUGGAAGUGCAGAUCUUGGGUUGAUUGCUAGGUUGAUGCAUUGGAAAAAGGUUGGAUUCGAAAUAGAAAGAAACGAUGUUGAUGGAUCAUUUAAGAGCGACUUGGUGGCCGCGUGUAUUAAGCGAGUCAUGGUGGAUCCCGAAGGUGAGCAACUCAGAGCUAAUGCACUUGCAAUGAAGGAGAUUUUUGGCAAUGUAGAGUUAAGUAACAAGUGCUUGGACGAGUUUACUCAGUCAAUUGAAAAUAUUUAAAUUUUGAUUUGUAUGAGGGUCCAUGUGUCAUCUGUUUUGGGGGAAAAACCUUUGGUUGAAGGAUCUUGUAAUAGUAACCAUGUAUGCUUUUGUUUGGAAUUAGUAUUAUUUCGUUUAAAAAAUUGAAGUAUUUAUACAAUUCAUUGUGGCUAUCUUGAAAAUCAAAGAAAACUAUAAAAAAAUAAGACUUUCUUUGUAAUAUUCUUGUUAACUUUGAGAUGUAAACAAUGUCAAUUCAAGUUGGAAUGUGUAAAAUUAUCGAUGUAGAUAAAAUAA